AUGUCUGUUGUUUUUGGUUUUGUAAAGGAGCGACUUCUGCUGUCAGUGUUGCCACGUCACGUUGCUAUGGAGAUGAAGGCUGACAUUGCCGGGAAGCCACAGGACUCCAUGUUCCACAAGAUCUACAUUCAGAAGCACGAGAAUGUCAGUAUACUAUUUGCUGACAUAUGCGGCUUCACAAGUUUGUCAGACCAAUGCACGGCUCAAGAAUUGGUACGACUGCUCAACGAACUAUUCGCCAGGUUUGACAGACUAGCGCAGGAGCACUACUGUUUGAGGAUCAAAUUGCUGGGGACUGCUACUACUGCGUGUCCGGUCUGCCUGAGCCGAGACCCGAUCAUGCUCACUGCUGUGUCGAAAUGGGCCUUGACAUGA